AUGAAGGGCGUCAUCGCCGUUUGCAUGUCGCUGACUCCCGAGCUGCUGAAGAUGGAGCGUGCGAAGCUGAUCGACGACGCAUUGACGUACGACGAGGAUGUGAGCUGCCUCAGUGGGAAGAUUCUGGCACAAUUCCUGCGGGACCACAACAUCAAGGCGGGCGGCUGCAUCAUUGGGGAGCCCACGGACGUUGACUUUGUAAUGGGGCACAAGGGCAUUAAGACAAACGAAAUUUACGUGCGUGGCAAGGCGAUGCGCUCGCCCCUGUUGCCGUACGCCUGCAACACCAUUGAACAUGGCACCAGCAUUGUGCGGUUUCUGUGCGAUAUUGGACGGGGGUUUUGUGAAAAAGGCCUCUUCAACAAACAUCACUAUACCCCGUACACCACCCUCUGCUUCUCUACCAUUCGUAACGGUAUCUCGGUGAAUACGGUGCCGGCGGACUACCGCGUCACGUUUGAACCUUGUUACGUUCCCAAUCACUCUGGGGGAUGGGAUCCCAAAGCGCGUCGCGGGCUUUGUUGCUGCGACAACAGCAAAGAUGAGGUAAGAGGAUAG